GAACGAGUGCUGCCUACCAAGCAGUGAGGGAGAAGGAGGAGAAGGAGGAGAGGAGCGACGUGUGGGCAGCCUGCUCACCGCGCGCAAUGCUUGGAGAAAGGAGGAAAGCUUGAGUUUGGUGCUGCUCAGCUGCACAUCUGAGAUCAUCUGCGCGUUUAUUGGAAGUAAAGGAAAUGAUCUUUAGCAUAUAAAAAAAGAGAGAAGGACUUCAUUGAGUAUUUUAAAAUUGUAGCUCAUUCAUUAAAUCAAACUGCGCGCAGCUCUUUCUCGGACUGAUUUAAAGACCCUGGAGAAGCAGCGAGCUGCGUCACUUCUCCAGGGGCCCCAGCAGCAGCAGCGGUUCCCCGGUGACAGGAGGGGAGGUGGGGGGGACUGGAGAGGUGCACGGCUCUGUUAUAAACACGGACCAUAAACUCCGCUUUUUGAAGCUCUGCAGGAGGAAGGAGAAGGCAUUGCUGGGAUGUUGGAGUCGCGCUGUUUGGUGGAGUGACCGACAGAGAGAGAGAGAGAGUGGCCGCAGAGAGCGAGAGAGGAGCCGGGAGCAUGGCUCUGGCAGCGCUGUCUCUCUGGGUGCUCACUAGUCUCACCUGGGGCCGCCUGCUCCAGGUGUCAGCCAACAGGCACUCCGUUUACUGGAACAGCUCCAACAUACAUCUUCGCAGGGAGGGUUACACGAUGCAGGUGAACGUCAACGACUACCUAGACAUCUACUGCCCUCAUUACAAUGACAGCCAGCGCAUGGUGGGCACAGGAGAGCAGUACGUCCUCUACAUGGUCAGCUACCGUGGUUACAGGAACUGUGACCCUCAAAUGGGCUUCAAGAGGUGGGAGUGCAACCGGCCCCACGCCCCCCACGCGCCUAUCAAGUUCUCUGAGAAGUUCCAGCGCUACAGCGCCUUCUCAUUGGGCUAUGAGUUUCAUGUCGGCCAAGAGUACUACUACAUCUCCACUCCUACUCAUCACCAUGGACGCAGCUGUCUCAGACUACGUGUGUACGUCUGCUGCUCCACAGCCUCAGAUGUGGAUGAUGAACCAGAGCCUACAGAACCAGACUACACACUAAGACCAGACCUAAAAAUCGAUGAUAUUGAUGAAUUCAACCCUUUUGUUCCGAAACUGGAGAAGAGUGUUAGCGGAAGCAGUCCAUCCAGAGAUCGACUUCUCCUCACCAUGACGAUGCUCUUUCUUGCUGCCCUCUUCAUCUCCUAGCAGCAGGUGUCCCGUCAGCAUCACCAUGCCUUUUGGAGGGGACUAUUCCCUGUCUCCGUGCAGGGGGGUAGGGUCAGAGGAAAAACAGAGAGGGCAUACAAGGGCAGGAGGGAAGAGAGAUUUUUUUUUUUAAUAUACAUUUUUCAAUUUUCAACGUGGAGAUGAGUUUGUUUGUACCAUUGUUUUUUUUUUUCUUUUUUUUUUUCCUCAAAGUGAUUAAGGAAAGACAUCCAGGGACUCAGUGACACACACCGAACUGUUGAGUUGUGUUAAACUGAGCCUGUUUACACGGGCACAGGUGCCGUUGACUGUGUUUUGUUUCUGUUUGCGUCUGCUUACCUGUGUGUCUGAGCAGACUGCAGGGUGAGCUUGUUGAGUCACGCUCACCCCUCCAAGCAUUUAUACAAUGAAGAGAGUCAGGGCUAAAACUUGAACUUUCAAAGAAAAAAACUCCUACCACCCAAUAAAAAAAUGAUUCAGAUGCUUUUUUUUUUCUUUUUUUUUUUUUUUUAAAUCUGAUUGGCUAAAACACUUUCUUAGGACUAGUUGCUACAAUUUCUUGCACCAAGACUGAACAGAUUAGAUUUCAGUAGACUGAACUGAUAUUGCCUUUUCUCCUUCUGGAUGCUGGGAGCUUGAACUAGUCAACAAAGGAACAAGUAAAUAACCCAGAAAAGAAUGUGCUUAAUCUGGUUAGGAAACUAGAGAGAGUAGCUAAUUCUUUCUAGACACCCAGGAAACAUCACUGGGUUCAAGAUGCAAGCAUUUCAUCCACCAUGUCCUACUAUGGUUUGGUCUGAUCAAUCUGUAGAAGGGCAAAGGUGAAAAUAGAGAGCAUUUAAAUGAUGACAUUUUACUAUGUUGUAACUUUUUGUGGAAACAAAAAAAAAAUUAAAUGUGCCAUUUUAAGAAUUUGCAAGGGUUUGUAGAUGUUUUAGGUUUCUGAGU